AUGGGCGCCUUGUACUAUGGUGCGGGUGGUCUCACGUCUUUUCUGACAGUAGUCGGGUUAUACAUGCUCUUUACCGGGAGCGGCGAGGCUUUCAACGUUGGAGCUUUCUUGGAAUCGGUAUCGCCAUACACAUGGGCAUCUACGGGUAUCGCUCUUUGCAUCGGCUUGUCCGUCGUCGGCGCAGCACUGGGCAUCUUCAUCACGGGCUCGUCUAUUCUCGGCGCCGGCGUCAAGGCACCACGAAUCCGAACCAAGAACUUGAUCUCCAUCAUCUUCUGCGAAGUCGUCGCCAUCUACGGCGUCAUCAUGGCCAUCGUGUUCUCGUCCAAGGUCACCUACACGACCGGCGACAAGCUGUUUGACGCCAACAGCUACUACACGGGCUUCGCCUUGUUCUGGUCGGGCUUGACCGUGGGAGGUUGCAACCUGGUUUGCGGUAUUGCUGUUGGCAUCAACGGCAGUGGAGCUGCGCUGGCCGAUGCGGCUGAUGCCUCUCUAUUCGUCAAAAUUCUUGUCAUCGAAAUCUUCAGCUCCGUUCUAGGUCUCUUCGGCCUGAUCAUCGGUCUCCUGGUGUCGGGCAAAGCGGAAGGCUUCGGUACCACCGCAUUCCUGGGCAAGGCCCUCGUGUAA